AAGUGUCCACGUACUGCAAACUUGCGCAGUUCACAGAUACAAACUUCCGCUGUGGUACCGAUUGCGGCACGUGUUGCUGUAGAGACCCAGAGAGUAGUCCCAGACUUUACCUUGCUACUGAUGGAAAUUGAUAUAAUUAAAUUAAGAGCAAGUCGACGUCGAGCUAACGUCCAAUUUUGCCUGGUUAAUCGUAUCUUUUUCAACUUGAAACAAUCGAGAAAUGGCCGGCGCGGAGUCUGUGGUGCAAAGAUUUAAGUUGGAUCCGGACUGCGAAUUGAGGUUCGAGGUGAAGAGCAAAAAUAAGGUUACAUUGGAGUUAAUAAGUGGUCUGGCGGAAGUUUUUGGUACGGAAUUGGUACAGGGGAAAAAAUAUGAGUUUACCACUGAAGCAAAUAUCGCGGUUUACGCGCCUUGGCACGAUUGUGUCGUUGAAUUAGUUGGACUGCCAGGCUCCAGCUACAUGGCGAAGAAUACGCCUAUGCGUAUAUACUUGAAUUGCCACGAGGUGCUAGAGCGAAUGAGACAGACUGCGGCGUAUAAAGACACUGUAGGUCCAGUAACAAUGGUUGUGGGUUCUCACAACGUCGGCAAGUCUACACUUUGUAAAAUACUGCUGAACCAUGCCGUUAGAAAGAACAGAAGGCCGAUUUUCGUCGAUCUAGACGUCAGUCAGGGACAUAUAUCGGUUCCUGGCACUAUAAGUGCUUUGUUGAUGGAACAUACGUCCGAUGUAGUAAAGGGUUUCAGUCAAAAAGUUCCAGUGGUCUUCCACUUUGGACAUAAAACGCCACACGCUAACGUAAUGUUGUACAGAUUACUUGUAAUGCAGUUAGCGACGAUUUGCAAAGCUAAGUUACAAGCCGACUACAAGAAGGCUAAAGUGUCUGGAAUUGUCAUUAAUACGUUUGGUUGUAUCAAGAAGGAUGAUUACUCUUUACUCGCGCAUGCCGUGGAGGAGUUUAAAGUGGACACGAUUCUCGUGUUGGAUGAAGAGAGUCUCUACUAUGAAUUGGUGAAAGAUCUGUCGGAUUUGGUAAAGGUGAUCAUUCUGCCGAUGAGCGACGGAGUCGUCGAGAGGAGUCAAGAUCAAAGAACCGAAGCGAAUAAUCAGAGCAUUAAGAAAUUUUUCUAUGGUUCUCAGAUUCUGUUGUAUUCACAUAGCUUCGUGUUUAAUUGGAGCGAUAUAAAAUUAUACAAGUAUGGGGCACCCGUACCGACGUGUUGUGCGCCGUUAGACAAAGCGAGGGAUAACCCCACGAAAUUGGUACCUGUUGCGCUAGGACCCCAUUUGUUGCAUCGCUUGCUGUCCGUUUCCUUUACCGAUAAUCCUGAGACUGUCUUACGGACUACCAUAUCCGGAUUCGUCUGUGUGACUGAUGUGAAUGUCGAGAAGCAGACGCUUACACUACUUGCCUCGCAAUCUACAUCAUUACUAAAUAAAGCGCUAAUAUUGUCGGAUAUAGAAUUUAUAGCUAGCAAUUAUGAACCACAUAUAAAGUAAACAUUUUUUAUCAGAAA